CUGUCUGGGAAACGGGGAGGAAGGGACACUCUGAACAUCACCAGGGGCUGCUGGGGGGCUCUGGCCACCCCCAGAGUCAGAACAGGCAGGUGGGGCAGGAUCUCAGGUCAUCCUAUACUACACUCAGCCAUUGCGUGGCCCCUCUCCUCCCUGUGCCUGGCCUUUUGGCCAGCCCUGGGGCCACCGAGAGGAGGCAGCACCAAACCCUCCAGGAGCCCCCAGUGCUGCCAUCUGUGGGACAGGGACAAUCCCAUCCCCACUGCUACUGUCUGUGCUGUGCUGGGCACAGAGCUGGACACCUCCAAGGCUCAGCACCCGUAGCGGCUCUCAUCAUGAACAAUUCACAGGCAGAUGGUGGCCAGCUCUGUGGCCUGCAGGGACUGGGAGUGGUGCCAGACCAUCUAGGCCCCAACCUAUCUGCAUUAUCCUGGAAGACUUCCUGGAGGAGGCUUCUAAGCAGAGGCCCAAGGACCAUGUCAGGUCUAGGACUAGGACCAGUGCAGGCCGAGGCCAGAGAGACAGCUGGGCUUCCAGGUAGGGUCAAAGUGAGGUGGGCAGCAGGUGUGGGGGCCAGGGGACUCGGGGACUUCCUCUCCAGCUGGGCCCGCCUGACGUGGGAGGCAGCCAGGGUUAAUCAUUUCCACGAAGCCUUGACCCCACCUGCCUUGGCCGCUCUGCUCCCGCCUCCCACUGCCCCUCAGGCCAGCUCAGGAGCCAUGGGGCGCUGGGCCUGGGUCCCCAGCCCCUGCCCCCCACUGGGGCUGGGCCCCUUCCUCCUCCUCCUCCUGCUGCUGCUGCUGCUGCCACGGGGGUUCCAGCCCCAGCCUGGCGGGAACCGUACGGAGUCCCCAGAACCUAAUGCCACAGCGACCCCUGCGAUCCCCACUAUCCUGGUGACCUCUGUGACCUCUGAGACCCCAGCAACAAGUGCUCCAGAGGCAGAGGGACCCCAAAGUGGGGGGCUCCCGCCCCGGCCCAGGGCAGGUCCUUCGAGCAGUAGCCCCCAGGCCCAAGCACUCACCGAGGACGGGAGGCCCUGCAGGUUCCCCUUCCGCUAUGGGGGCCGCAUGCUGCACACCUGCACUUCGGAGGGCAGUGCACACAGGAAGUGGUGUGCCACAACUCACAACUACGACCGGGACAGGGCCUGGGGCUACUGUGUGGAGGCCACCCCGCCUCCAGGGGGCUCAGCUGCCCUGGAUCCCUGUGCCUCCGGCCCCUGCCUCAAUGGAGGCUCCUGCUCCAAUACCCAGGACCCCCAGUCCUAUCACUGCAGCUGCCCCCGGGCCUUCACCGGCAAGGACUGCGGCACAGAGAAAUGCUUUGAUGAGACCCGCUACGAGUACCUGGAGGCGGGCGACCGCUGGGCCCGCGUGCGCCAGGGCCACGUGGAACAGUGCCAGUGCUUGGGGGGCCAGGCCUGGUGCGGAGGCACCCGACAUACAGGUGCGCCAUGGGGUGUGAGCCAUGCCGCUGACCCCCGACGGGUGUCCCUGUCCCCACCCAAGUGGGAGGAAUGGCCUGAGGUCACCCAGAAACAAGGGACAAGGGGUGGACCCCGACUCCGCUGUCGUGGGGCACUGCGUGGCCCCUGGCCCAGCUCCUUGGCCCUGCCCCCAGCUUGUCUGAGCAGCCCUUGCCUGAACGGGGGCACCUGCCACCUGAUCGUGGCCACCGGGACCACCGUGUGUGCCUGCCCACCAGGCUUUGCUGGACGGCUCUGCAACAUCGAGCCUGAUGAGCGCUGCUUCUUGGGGAACGGCACUGGGUACCGUGGCGUGGCCAGCACCUCAGCCUCGGGCCUCAGCUGCCUGGCCUGGAACUCCGAUCUGCUCUACCAGGAGCUGCACGUGGACUCAGUGGGCGCCGCGGCCCUGCUGGGCCUGGGCCCCCAUGCCUACUGCCGGAAUCCGGACAAUGACGAGAGGCCCUGGUGCUACGUGGUGAAGGACAGCGCGCUCUCCUGGGAGUACUGCCGCCUGGAGGCCUGCGAAUCCCUCACCAGAGUCCAACUGUCACCGGAUCUCCUGGCGACCCUGCCUGAGCCAGCCUCCCCGGGGCGCCAGGCCUGCGGCAGGAGGCACAAGAAGAGGACGUUCCUGCGGCCACGUAUCAUCGGCGGCUCCUCCUCGCUGCCCGGCUCGCACCCCUGGCUGGCCGCCAUCUACAUCGGGGACAGCUUCUGCGCCGGGAGCCUGGUCCACACCUGCUGGGUGGUGUCGGCCGCCCACUGCUUCUCCCACAGCCCCCCCAGGGACAGCAUCUCCGUGGUGCUGGGCCAGCACUUCUUCAACCGCACGACGGACGUGACGCAGACCUUCGGCAUCGAGAAGUACAUCCCGUACACCCUGUACUCGGUGUUCAACCCCAGCGACCACGACCUCGUCCUGAUCCGGCUGAAGAAGAAAGGGGACCGCUGUGCCACACGCUCGCAGUUCGUGCAGCCCAUCUGCCUGCCCGAGCCUGGCAGCACCUUCCCUGCAGGACACAAGUGCCAGAUUGCGGGCUGGGGCCACUUGGAUGAGAACGUGAGCGGCUACUCCAGCUCCCUGCGGGAGGCCCUGGUCCCCCUGGUCGCCGACCACAAGUGCAGCAGCCCUGAGGUCUACGGCGCCGACAUCAGCCCCAACAUGCUCUGUGCCGGCUACUUCGACUGCAAGUCCGAUGCCUGCCAGGGGGACUCAGGGGGGCCCCUGGCCUGCGAGAAGAACGGCGUGGCUUACCUCUACGGCAUCAUCAGCUGGGGUGACGGCUGCGGGCGGCUCCACAAGCCGGGGGUCUACACCCGCGUGGCCAACUAUGUGGACUGGAUCAACGACCGGAUACGGCCUCCCAGGAGGCUUGUGGCUCCCACCUGACCCUCCAGCGGGACACCCUGGUUCCCACCAUUCCCUGCCUUGCUGACAAUAAAGAUAUUUCCAAGAACCCGGCCCAGGCUACCUGGCCCCUGCCUGCGGCCCCGCCUUCCCCUCCAGGCCAUGACUGGGGCCCAGGUCUAUGCGCAGCAGGCCUCAGGCUGCCGUUCUGGAGCCCACACAGUCCUCAGUGGAGACGGAGCCUGUGGCCCCACAGCGGGGUCUGGCCCCACGGCCCAGAGAGUUGUCAGGGGAUGAGGUCUGGGCCUCUCCAGGCCCCAGCAGAGUCCAGCCGCCUCCCAGGCCAGCCCCAGGCCGGGGCUCAGCACCUGGGUUGUCCCAGGGCAGGAAGUGGAAACCAAGUCCAGGCCCCCAGGCGUGGAGGGGUCCGAUCCGCGUGGUGCACGGAGUAUUGA